AACAUGUCAUGUUACUUUUAUUCACAUAGCACUUAUUUUACUCCAAAGCAGCUUUACGACAGGGACAAAUAUGCAACUUACAGUAGAUGGUAAUAAAACAGAAAAUCAGUCGUUAGAUUUUAUCAGUUUCAGGGUGCACACCAUCUUUAAAUUUCAAGUCUUAAAUGGGAAGCUUUGAGCAUUUAUAUUGGAUAUAAAGUAACAUUGUAGGCUAAAAUUUACUGCGAAUCAUGAUAACACUUGUGUAAUUUUUUAAAAGUGUUUCAGAGCCCAUUUUGACAUUUCAGAGUUUAUGCGUAAUGCAUUUAUCAGUACAUUUCACUCCAACAGACCUGACUAAUGCAUUCCUCAGGCUCUGCUGAAAAAUAAACAAAUACAAUUGAGUAAUUCUAUGUAUUGGUUUUCUAUUUUUAGAGUUUUGGCGUAAUGCAUCUAUCGGUAAUUUUUUCUCCAACCGACCUGACUAAUGUAUUCCACGUGUUCUGCUGAAUUUUUUUUAGGAAUUCUACGUAUUGUUUUUCUAUUUUAUUUAUCUCAAACGAAAGAGACAUAUUUUCCCAGGAGGCACGCGCAUUAUUGGAAACUCACAUGCACUCAGUACAUUUCAGUUCAUGUGAGAGGAGUGAGCAUCUCCAUGUACGUACAUAGCCAGUCAGUGACGUAUACUGAAUCCUCAGCAGAGCUGCAUCGCGUCAUCACUGGUACCCACCACUUCAAUAGUAUUGCUGCCUUGCCAUUUCUUCAUAUACCUACAUAUUUUCACAGACACCCUUCUGGCUUUAAAUGGUCCGUUUAUAAUAAAAAGCGAAUGACAUCUUCUCUGGUCCACUUAUUACCACGCUCCAUUAUAAUAAACGAAGCAUCUUGGUUUUGUCCUGAGUUUGCAGAAGGCAGCUGCGUUUAUUAUAAUGAGAGGGGAUUCGCCCAGUGUAAAUGGGAUGAUGUACUGUACAUGACUGUGAAUGCGUACUGUACGCAAAAGGCAAUGACCGUAAAGAAUCUUCUAUUAGGAAGUAAACACAAGUCAAACAGGCGAACAUAUAGCCGGGAACGCUAGAGGCAGUCGCGUAACACCAGACAAAUUGAGACUCGAUAAAUAUAGAGCACCGGUUGAAUUACAUAACAACGAACUUUAGGAUAUACGAUUUGCCUUGAGCCAAAUGCGUCAAUUGUAUUUAGAUGAAAAAUAAGUCGUGUGCGUAAAAAAGAAUAAAGGAAUGGGAAAAUUACGCGACGCUCGUUAUAUAAAAUAUAUGAUGCGUCAGUGCAGUUUUUCCUGAAAUGACGUUUAUACGGAGAUAUUCGGGCUGUGCUGAUCACUGGAUAUAAAGUUUACAAAAUAAUACUAGGCAGAUUAAAAUCAUGUUAUUCCACAAGCCUAGGUAAAAUGCAGGGGAUUUGUUGUUCCACAAAUAUAGCAUUUCCUUUAAAAACAAGCUACAGUGCGUUUCCGCAUAUAAAUACGAUGCAAAUAUAAUAUGCAAAUAUAAUUUCACGUGUAAAACGGGGUAGUAUAGGAAGUUACAAACCAUCUCUCUACAGAAAUGCAACAUUACAAUCAUACGAUUAGGCGCCUUUCUCGGAAGUCUUACUUGUAAACGAUAAUGAUUAAAACCAACAUAAAAGGGCGAAUAAGGAAAAGAUGUAGAAAAAAACUUGCGACUAGUCAGUACUUACUGGUUGUUUUUAAACAGCCCAUUUGUUCCCGGCUGUUUAAACCAGUGCAACCUACCAUAACAUAAGAUUUACCUUUACAUUUUCACAUUCGAGUAAUAUAUAAAAAUGGAAAAUGUAAUGGUUAUAUCCAACCUGCGAGCUCAGUACGUUAUGUUCCUGUGACAAUUCUCAGACAUCUCGGGUCGUCGCAUCGAGGGCGGAGCGCCACGUUCGUGAGAGAUGAAUUUGAUUGGUGCUCUCUACUGUCAAACAGACCUUUCCACCAAUGAGCCCAAUGAGCUCCUCAAACAGUCGUCACGCCUUCCCCACGAAGGUUGCGCCGCCCAUAUCUAUGUGUGUGUGCGCUUAUUUUCUUUCUAUUUUUUGUAACCAAAGCUGGAUGUGUAGGACGUCACAUGUUGUUUUUCCUCUUCACUCCAGUCACUUAGCGAUAUGUGUUAUUUACUGUUAAACUGCUCAUCGCAGCGAACGCGCAGCCCGCGCCGGGCACAGAAGAGAGCUUGACUGGAUUUUCCCUGCGCUUCAGAGACAAACUGACUGACAGCACAAGUUAAAGAAAAGUGAGAGUUCUUCUUCACAGCAUACGAGAAUGGCGAGUCCGCCGCCGACGGGAGGACAGCUGCUUUCAAAUAUGAUCGUGAAGAAUAACAACCACGUCAAGAAACGAGGAUAUCUGAGGAAACAGAAGCACGGACACAAGCGCUUUUUCGUGCUGAGGGAGUCGAGCGAGGGCUCUCCUGCCCGGUUGGAGUACUACGAGAGCGAGAAGAAAUGGAAAAACAAGUCGGCUGCUAAACGGGUUAUACCUUUGGACUCCUGCCUGAACAUCAACAAGCGAGCCGAUGCCAAAAACAAACACCUGAUCGCCCUUUAUACCAAGGACGAGUAUUUUGCCGUGGCUGCCGAAAACGAGCAGGAGCAGGAGGACUGGUACGAGGUCUUAACGGAUUUAAUGAACGAGGGGAAAGUGAGCGACGGCUCCGCGUCUAAUUCGGCGUCGUCUCUCGUCGGGUUUGACGAGGCGAAUUACGGCGUGAUAACGCCGGUCUCCGCCACCUACAAGGAGGUUUGGCAAGUCAAUCUGAAAUCGAAAGGACUUGGACAGAGCAGGAAUUUAACGGGCGUUUAUAGGCUGUGUUUAUCCAGCCGGACCAUCAGCUUCGUGAAACUUAACACGGAGGUGGCAUCGGUUGUUUUACAGCUGAUGAACAUACGGCGAUGCGGACACUCUGACAGCUUUUUCUUCAUCGAGGUGGGCCGAUCCGCGUCGAUAGGACCCGGCGAGCUGUGGAUGCAGGCGGAUGACUCCGUUGUGGCGCAAAACAUUCACGAAACCAUUUUGGAGGCGAUGAAAGCGAUGAAGGAGAUGUCAGAGUUCCGCCCGCGCAGCAAGAGCCAGUCCUCGGGUACCAACCCUAUCUCCGUGCCCACCAGGCGGCACUUUAACAAUCUUCCGCCGAGUCAGACGGGGCUGCAACGCCGAUCGCGCACUGAUAGCAUGGCAGCGACGUCGCCCGUGACGAAACUCACGUCCUGCAGAAUACGCACUGCGAGCGAGGGUGAUGGAACUAUGACGCGGCCCAUGUCAGUGACGGGCAGCCCCAUAAGCACAGGCGUAAACAGGACGCAUUUAAGCCGCUCCAACACAGUGACAGUUCGCCCGUGCAGAACAUUUGAGACCUCAUCCCUGCAGCAUAGUAAAUCCAUGUGCAUGCCUGUGUCUCGCUCCCCUCCCUUUGCUAUCAGCCCUGCCAGCCUGUCUUGCAGCAGUGGCUGUACAACGGAAAGCACUCCUCGCCCCUCCAGCUGCACUGCAUCCAUUUCGGGGUCGCCUAUCGACGCUGGUUUUAUCUCUUGCGAUGAAUGUGGCUCCAGCCCCGGAGAUAUGCGGCACUUUGCGAUGGCAAACCGAAGCAACACACCUGAGUCCCUCACUGGCACGCCCCCCUCUCAGGAGGGCAAUGACCUGUUCGGAUACAUGAUCAUGGAGAGGCCGAACUCCGUUGGGCGGCGAGGCGCACGAGCGGCGGCAGAGGAGAGCUUAGGAGAUCUGGAAAAAGUCUACAGGAAGAGGACGCACUCUCUCACCAUGCCUUACCAGAAGAGGGUGCCAUCACAAGUGUCCUCAGCUUCACUGGAUGAGUACACUCUCAUGAGAGCCACUUACACAACUGGAGGCCAUUCAGGGCGCUGCUCACACACUGCAUCCCCAAAGGUCACAUACCCUGAGGAUUAUGGUGACAUUCAAAUCGGAUCGUUAUUGAAAAGUUCCAGCAGUAAUCUGGGCGACGAUGGCUACAUGCCUAUGACACCAGGUGUGGCUCCCCAGGGGGGAAAGGCUGACAACUAUAUGCCCAUGAGCCCUAUGUGCGUUUCCGCUCCAAAACAGAUUAUCAACCCGAGGACACACCCCCUUACUAUAGCUAAUGGUUACAGAACCAAUUCCCCCAGCAGCUGUUCUCUAGAUGACAGCGGCUACAUGAGGAUGUUGUGUAGCUCAAAGUUUUCAGUUGAUAGCUCUGAUGGGAAAAUGACUAAUGGCGAGUACCUCAACAUGUCUCCUGUAGAUUGUGGCUCUGUCACACCACCAGACUGCUAUCUUAGCCCUGUGGGUGUAGAGCCCUCUCCUUGUCUGAGACAGCUUCACUCGUUUAACUCUCUGCCACGCUGUCAUAAGCCCCAGCAGAAGGAUACGGAAAGCGAUCAGUAUGUUGUCAUGAAUCCACAGAAUAACAGGAUAAUAGAAGAGACAGUAACCACAGCAUCUUCCCCUGUACCAUCUCCUCUAAGACAAGGCCGGACCGACAGCCUUAUUCACAGGCAUAGAAUAAGCCGACCCACUCGCCUCUCACUAGAUACACUACGGACAUUACCCAGCAUGAAUGAGCACCCCCUUCCCACUGAGCCAAAAAGCCCUGGUGAGUACAUAAACAUAGACUUUGGACCUAUUGCUGAAAGCUGCUCGCCACCCUCCAGCGCUUCCUCAGAAAGCCCAGCUUCAUCCCUCGGGUCCUCCGGCAGUCAGCGGCAGUCCCCGCUUUCUGAUUACAUGAACAUUAAAGUAAGUUCACAGUCACUCAGAUCUGGAAAUGCGGCCCCAUCUGACGCUUUGGAGACCCUGCCAGAACUGACAUCCUGCCCUGCCCACCCUGAGGAAGAGGAGGAAGGAAAGAGGUACCACCUGACGGUACAGGUGGCAUCAGUAGGCCUAGCUGGCAAACCUAAAGACGAUUACACCGAGAUGACGUUCGCCGUGCCCGCUUCGCCUCCACAGCCUGUCUCUCAGCCCUCAGAAGGUGGGCAAACCACCAGCCCAUCCUCCUUUGUGCAGAGGCUGACUUUGGACGAGAGUGGUGUGGGAGUGCCCGCUGUAGAUUCAUUUCUGCUGCGCCGUACCACUCUGGCUUUGGUGGAUCCAGACCGGGGUGCCAAAGUGAUCCGUGCGGACCCCCAGGGACGCAGACGGCACAGUUCUGAAACGUUCUCGUCUACCACAACAGUUACACCUGUUUUUCCCGCCUUCGUGCACGAGACCAGGCGGCACGGUUCUGCCUCUGUGGAAAACGUGUCCGUCUCUGUGAGGGACGGUGAAGGAUCGGAUGAAGAGUAUAACAGUCCGAUGUGCAGAGAGACGUCGGCUGGCUUUCAGAAUGGACUAAACUACAUUGCCUUAAACUUGAUGGAUGGGGGACUUGCCAGCUGUGAUUCUCUUGUGAGGUUCAAAACUGCCAGCUGCUGUAAGGAGGGCAUCAAUGGGAUACAUGCCAGUCCUUAUGCCAGCCUUGGGUUCAAGGAUACGGCAACGACAGUUAAAGACUAAACAGAGCCAGUCUCUUCAAGUCCUUCACGACCAGAGCCAGGGAUGAGAGGAGGUGUUUGUGUAGACAGAUGGACCACGUUGCUGCUGCUUCAGCCCUCUGCUGAUCUUUGACCCCCCCCAACCCAUACGAAUGGUCGUCGUCACAGCAACAUGGACACUUGACCCCAGUGCGAGGCGUGACGGUGACUCACAGACAGAGAGGCGGGACUUCCUGUCCAUCUGUAACUCACUACAAUCGCUUCCCUCUGGAUCCAGACAUUGUGUCAUGGACUUUUUCACCGGUUUUGUAAAGAGCUCUGGACUUUGAGUGUCCCUCAAUGUCAAAACCUGUGAAACCAACCUGGAGAGAAACAUCUGAUCCCCACACACACUCACACACUCUUACACCCGUCGCACAUGUCACUUAUUUAAUUGCGUGCAUAUUCGUGUGAUGGUGUGCAUGUGUGUGCGCAUGGGUGGAUGCAACACUGCACAAAGGUGGCAUUUCAGACAUUUAUUCAACAAUUCGAAAUAACCAGUCACUUGAAAACCCUACCUCAGAAUGAGCCAGGUUGAGACUUACAAAAUAUAUAUAUUGAGAAACUAAUUUAUUUUUGCAAGUGAAUGUUUUCGUAAACACCAAUCCAAAGCCUUAUUGACUGUACUGUCAUACAGUGUUUCCUGGAGGACAUGCGUUACGGACCUGCGUUCACUCAGACAAGAGUUUCAAAGAUUAACUGUUUGCCAUGGUAACUGAAUGUCUUGUACUGCAGAGGAAGAAGGCGUUCGCCUGCCACAUUCCGUGGCUUCCGCUGCAAUCAAAGAUCUCGUAUAUUAUGACUUAUUAUUCUAUUCCACACAGAUAUUUAAUACAUUUUAAUAUAAUAAUGAUAUUUAUGGACCGGAUGGGCGGCACGCCCAGCACAUACUGUAUGCAAAGCAGGCUUUCAGAGUAGAGGGUUGGAUCGAAGCCACACGUGAUUUAUGGUACACAUGCUAUACAAAUGAUGUCGUGAGCCUCAGGUUAGAGCGAGGAGCACCUCACUGAGCCUAGGCAAGCUAGCACACUUUAACCCUCCUUCUUUGACCCCGACAACCCAAAGCCUCUGUCGAACUGCCCUCUCACGCCACUCUGUAGACACCGCCUUCCCUUUGCCUUACACCCGCACCCGUCGGCUUGGCAUUUAAUUUAGCGUCCACGAUCGACCAAACGGCGACGAAUGAGAGCGGUAGGUUUCAGAUGCAUCACAGAAGGCUUGACACCAAUACUGCUGCUCCCUACCAUCAGACAGGGGUAGACCAGAACCAAUGCUUUGUCUUGCACUUACAAGCUCCCUAGAUUGUAACACAAGACACUUUGAAUGUAGAGUAUUCUGGAGUUCUCCGCAAAGAGACGUAUGGACAAAAUAUCACUUAAACAUCCACAGACAAACUGAUGUUAAGACAGAUUCAGAUUCACACAUGCAAGUGCAACAUGGUACAAAAACACACGACCGGACUUAAGUUUAUGAAAAUCAUUUGCCUAGAAAUCUGUAAAUAAUGUAUAAAGAGAUUGCAACUGAUGUUUUUAAGUUAAAGAUGAUAACUUAUGUCGUUUUUAUGUAUAUAUCUAUAUAUACUGUAUGUGUUUGAAAGAAUUCUCCCCCAAACUAAAGCACUAAUGAAGGUACUUGCCAAAUGCCAAACUUUGGCCUGGCGAUUUUCUUUUAUAAUUCUUCAGUACGUUUGUAAGAGUAUGUACACUGUACAAUAAAUGCCACUUCAAUGAUAUUUGAUAAUGCUAUGGUAUAAAAACGAAAAACAUGAUAAAAUGAAUUCAUUGAAUUACACUUGAUAUUACAAAAGUAAAUCUUGGUACAUUGGUACACAAACGGCAUAUGCAAUAUUUACAUUUUAUAAGAUUAGUUUACAGAAAGGAACCAAAUGUAUAAAUACUGUGUUAAUAUAUUUAAAACCUUUUUCGCGGUACACAUUUUUUCUGCCAACUUUGAAUGGAAAAGUGUUUUUUCUUUUUCGUUUUUUUGCUAUUGAAUCCUGACAGUAAUUUCAGCAGUGUUUUUGAGCGAAUGCUGUUUCUCAGUAUGGAAAGGUUGAAUAUUUCAAUGCUCGGUUGAGUUUUUCUUGUGUCUUCCAUUGUAUAUACUUCAUAUUUUUUUGCAUUGUGAUGCUACUUAGAAGUGAUAAUUUAAACUUAGUGUAAUUGCUUUACAAACUGUAUUGAUUCUGAAUAGCCACAUGCAAUAAAAAGUUACGUUAUUUAAGAA